GCCGGGUGGAGCCUAGUCCGCAUGCGCCGAUCCAGGGCGCUGGAGCCGGACCUAACUCCGCCCAACCGGGCGUCCGGUCUCCUAGCAACGACACCUCGCUUUACUCGCGUCUCCAGCCGUACCCUGAAUAAUUUGCUCUGAGCUUCUCUCGCCUGCUGGGUUCCGCCACGCCUAGCAGCGGCCCUCCUUGGCUGCCCCGCAACUCUCCCUCCCGCCUCGGGUCAGCGGCCGCUUAGGUUCGAUGAUGCCAGGAGCGAAGCUUGUCCAGAGCCCCGAGGAAGGAGGCGUGUGCAUUACUGAAGCCCUCAUCACUAAGCGAAACUUGACCUUCCCCGAGGACGACGAGCUGUCGGAGAAGAUGUUUCACACUCUUGCUGAGCUGCAGACCGUCCGCCUGGACCGGGAGGGCAUUACCACCAUCAAGAACCUUGAGGGCCUGAAGAACCUCCACAGCCUCUAUCUGCAAGCGAACAAGAUCCAGCGGAUUGAGAACCUGGCUUGCGUGCCCUCCUUGCGCUUCCUGUCUCUGGCAGGGAACCGAAUCAGGCAGGUGGAAAACCUCCUUGGUCUCCCGUACCUCCAGUUCCUGGACCUUUCCGCGAACCUGAUAGAAACGCUGAAGCUGGAUGAGUUCCCCCACGGCCUUCUCAUCCUCAACCUGACCGGCAACAGCUGCACCACCCAAGAUGGCUACAGGGAGCGGGUGACGGAGGCCCUGCCACUGCUCCUGGACCUGGACGGGCAGCCUGUGUUGGAGCGCUGGACCUCAGACGAGGAGAGAGCCUCAGGCGAUGAGGACGAGUUCCCGGAGCUCAGUGGCCCAUUCUGCUCAGAGCGAGGCUUCCUCAAGGAGCUGGGGCAGGAGCUGAGCAGCCACAAGGAGCGCAGGCAGCAGGCAGCCCUGACCGAGCACCUGCUGAGGAUGGAGACAAAGCCCGCCCUCGCCAGCCUGCCCCCGCGGCCACUGCUGGAGGAGCAGCCCACAGCUGGGGACAGCAGCCCCUCUGCCACUCCCAGGCAAGAGAAAGAGAUGCCCCCUGAAGCCCCCUCCUCUUCCCUGGCAUCUUCUCCCACCAAAAAACCCUGUGCUCUGGCUCCCAGGGCCCAGCAAAGCUCCCAGGCAAGGAAGGGCCCCCACACGGCCACAGCCCCCAAGACCUCUGGGGUUGGGGCCACCAGAACUGUGACCAAAAGAGCUAAGAAAUAAAACCCCUGCGGCGGCAGCCCUGCCUAGUGAAGCGACCGCGCUUCUUGUGGUCACUAGGGGCCCUGGGGGAGGCACCAGUAAAGCCACCAGGAGGCAGGACGCACACAGCCCAGGGAGCAGCCUGGCUCCAGGAGCGGCUUCUCGGUCCCCAGGGGCUGCCAGGGGCGGGCACACCUCGGGGCCCGCCUGGGGGUACGGGAAGUGGGCACCACUCCUACGGCUGCCAUCCCAGGCAGGCACAGCU